CCAACAGGUUCAGCCUAAUUUGAGCCACUACACUGUGGCAAGCAUCAUUAGGACAUUUCAAAAUGAGAAUCGGUAAGUACUUUGUAGCACCGCCAUACUCUAAUGAGAAACACAACAGUACCAUACAUGCAAAAAUACUGAAAUUGUUACUUUACAGAAUUGCUAGACGUCCACAUGUUGGGGGCAGAGGAAGAAUGUUCACUCCAGAGCAAGAGACCCAUAUAGUGAACAUGGUGAUUGCCAAUAAAGCAAUAAGACUGCGUGAAAUACAGCAGCGCAUAAUUGAUAAUGACACCAUCUUUCAAAAUAUACACAGUGUAAGCAUUUCUGCACUAAGUCGUGUACUUGCGCGCCACAGAAUAAGAAUGAAGCAAAUUUACAGAGUUCCUUUCGAGAGAAACACAGAACGUGUAAAGCAACUGCGAUAUGACUAUGUGCAGAGAGUGAUGGAACUAGAAGCAGAUGCCAUGGGACAUGAGCUACUUUUUGUAGAUGAGGCCGGUUUUAACCUCAGUAAAACCAGGAGACGUGGCAGGAACAUUAUUGGACACCGUGCCAUCAUCAAUGUCCCAGGACAACGUGGUGGUAACAUAACCAUGUGUGCAGCUAUAAGCCAAAAUGGUGUUGUUCACCAUCAUGCAACCAUAGGCCCAUACAACACUGCACACAUUAUUGCAUUCCUGGACACCUUACAUGACAUGCUCACUGUUCAGAGACCAGAGCAGACCAGAUAUGUCAUCAUAUGGGACAAUGUUAGUUUCCAUAGGGCUGCUUUGGUCCGCAACUGGUUUACAGACCACCCAUUCUUCAUGGCACUCAACCUCCCUCCAUACUCUCCAUUCUUACAGUUUUUUCUGAAUGCUUAA